AUGGCUCUAGGAUUAGAAUAUAGCCCUACGUUCGCGAUUGAGCCUCCCACGUCAAUCCGCCCAGGCGUCGCCUUUUCGUUUCCCAUCGUCGUUGCGGUGCCCCCCGUCGGCAAUGCCGGCAACGACCCAGAACAACAACUAGGGGCGAUAGUACUGCUUCGCGACGAAACCGGAGGUGAUUCGGCAGCUGCCCUUGCUGCCACUGGAACCGCUGCCACCAGCGUAUGCAACCGGACGGGGAACUCCACAAGCGGGUACGCUGCCUUCAGGCGUCUUACUAUCAAUAGCCCAGGGAAGUACAGAUUGCGGGUGAUGCUGUGCCUCAGCAACGCGAGGGAGGUGUUGGUGAAGGGGUCUGUGGACUCUAAAGUCAUCCACGUACAUGCGGGCGCCGCCGCGUCACAACCUCCGACUUCGUCUCAGAUCGCAAAGUUACAGGCCCUGGUCCCUGAAAACAUCGGCAUAUCGCAGGCGGAUAUUGCGGCGUGGCAGCAGGCAUAA